AUGAAUGAAUUAUUACCCAGGUAUGGGAUCACAGAGGCAGAGGGAUGGAUAUGGAUGGGGUCUCUUCAACCAGGUUUGCAUGGAAGACAAGGAUUUAGCUUUGACGAAGAUGCCACUGUAAAUAGCUUGAUUGAUGUUGAGACAAAUUCAUGGGAUAGAGAGGUGUUGAGGGCUCUCUUCAAUCCAAAUAUAGUUGAGGAGAUUCUCAAAAUCAGACUUCCUUUUAACCGAGUUAGGGAUAAGCUAAUAUGGGAUAAUGAGUCAAGUGGAAACUUUACAUUGAAAUCAGCUUAUAAAUUAAUUUUAAAUGGUAUUGUUGACAGAAUUGGUGAAUCCUCAUUUCAGUCACAAGAUACACCCAUAUGGAAGAGGAUCUGGAAAAUGAAGAUGCCUAGAAAGAUCAAGUCUUUUAUUUGGAAGGCUUCCAAAAAUAUUCUCCCAACUCUUAAUAACCUUAAGAAGAAGAACAUUGAUAUUCCAUUAGGGUGGAAUAAAAUGCAAAUGGAGAGCACUUUAGUUCAAUGCAAGCAGGCAGUUGAGCAUGCUAUUUCAAUGUAUGAAGUUCGGCUAGCAUCACCAAGAAGGAUUAGAACUGUUUACCAGUGGUAG